UGGUGUUAACUACCUCGAAAAGGCGAGUUGCAUGUAAUGGACUCUGUUUGGUUCAGCUGAUCCGGAUUUCUAUCAGACGACAGCUUGCGUGAGUGGGUGAUUUUUUUUUUAGUAGAGAGAGGAGGAAAUAUUUGUUAAGGUAUGGCGAAGCAAUAUUGAGACCUGCAAUUUGUGCAAUAGGUAGUAAAAUUUUUACUGACUUCCGAUUUUCCCUUAAUUAUUUUAUUUUUGCUUGCCAUUGCUCUUAAUAGCUAGGAAUAUAUUUCUCGCAGAACCUCGUGAAGCUCAGGUGAAUGAGCCAACAGUAUCGUAAAAGGGGGAAAAGCGCCAGUUUCAGGAUGAAGAAGUGGUGAUCUGAAUUUAUUGCGUGUUCAGCAUAUUCGAAAUUUGCAAAUUCUGAAAACAAAAAUGUGAUGUAUCAAGCACAAAUUUGUCAAGAUGUCUUAAUACGUUGUUUGGCUCGUUCUCAGGGAUUAUAAGUGUCAGGCUGAUCCGACAAUAAGCUCGAUCUUAGAACUAAGUAAUUCCGCCUAGAUCGUUCACUUAUGUCUCCGUUAGGCAGUUUAGGUAGAUAUACCGGUGAAUGAAAUUACUUCGAUUAUUAUGUUUUGACUAGGUUAAUACCCUUAUUUAUAAACACUCAAAAACCUUGUCGUUAUAAAGAUGUCAAAGAUGGCAAACGCCGAGCUACCAUCCACACUUUAGGUCAGGCAUUGAUCGGAAAUCGAACGGAAGCACGGAAACCUCCUAUUAAUCAUUGCUUUAUUUCCCCCUCUUUAUCCGCAGUCAGUCGAACAAAGAUUGGAAAAAAUAUUGUAAAACGAUUGACUCGUUUUAUUACCUCUUCUUAUAAAUGCAUCAUUUAAACUGCUUUGACAGUUUUGAAAAAACAAUUACUAAAGAGAACUUUAGUCACUGUAAGCAAAUUAGAUAUAAAUAUGGGAAACAACGAACUUUCAGCUUCUUCCGUAAACAACUUUGCAGUUUUAACUAUAUGCGUAUCCUAAUCAGCCGAACAAUAAUGACUUUAGGCUGUGUCAAAUUAGGUUAGUCCGGCAGUCGGGCCAAAAAAAAUGACAGAGAGAAAAAAUGAAAUCGGAAAGAAAGGAUGGAAGAGGAACGGACGUAAACAAAUGAAAACGACGAUAGCAGUAUGUUUUUCCAGGAGCCUAUAACCCUCCUGCUUAUGCUUUUCCAAAGUCUUAACAAAUAUAAUUAUGCGAAGGCUUAUUAAAUGGUAAGAAAGGAACAUUGAUUUUUAUUAAUGAAAUAAAAGGAAAGCUGCAUUUUUUUUCACAGAGGAAUGAUCGGUUGUGCUAAUUUAAAGAUUUCAAAGAAACCUUUUUUACCUAUAUCUUUUUUGUUGUUGUUUUUUCCGUUUUCCAAAAAACCUGAUCACCCUGCGGGCUGGUCGGGUCAUGGCAAAAAUGAAACUGACCGUUUCUUGGCGGGUAUGGUCAGGAGGGUUAUGGGCUCCUGGCAUGGAUCAGUGCAAUUUCUCCUCUUGUCUUUGUGUCCGGGGGUGGGUACUCCCUCACAUAAGCCAUAAUGUGCCGCCCCAAAGGUUAUGUUUUGGGGGCCUGUUUGGUCUGAAAAUGGGUAUACACUUUGCCCAUUUUGGUUUGGAAUCGGGUAUGGUUUUCGAGAGCGCUACGGGAGCGUAUGAAUGUAGUUAUCUUUUCAAUUCCAAAUGCCAAAUGUUAAGAACGAAAUAGAAAUAUGCGAAUUCGAAAUGCAUUUGAAGAGUUAUUUUGUUUGCGCUCUAAUUUAAGUAAUGAAUAAUGAUGACAUAAUUUCUGCCUAAAGUCUAGGUCUGAAAAACGGGUAUGGAAAAUGACAUUUUUUAGUCGGAAAUAGGGCCAGGAUUUGGAAAACCGAGCGGCAUACCCAGGGGCGGUGGGCUAGCAGGGUAGGGCGGACUAUUUUAUCGGUGGUGGACUAACAGAACUCAGGCUGGCUCAUUUCCAGUGAACAGCAGCUAGUGUCCUCAGGGUAAAACCAAGGGCAAAAAUGUUCUAAAUUUAGCGAGGCUAGGCAUGCGUUGAUUGUUUAUUGAAUAAUCACGCAACUCGAAGCCAUUCUCGUUGGCAAAGCUGCGACCAAAUUGGCCAGCACCACGGAUUGAUCCGUGGCGUUUAUUGGCCGCAGGGAUCUUAACUAUGGGAACGAUUAUGCUGGUGAAACCUUCGAACGCUCGGUGGGGUAUCGCUUUUUAAAUUAACAAUUCUAUGAAACUUAGCUAUUCAAUAAAGCAAGUUUCAAAGUGGCACAUUUAUCCAUUUUAAAACAUAGGGAGGAAACUGGACUCCCUCCAUAGCGGCGGAAACUGAGCCAUGAAACCUUAUCUUCGUAUCACUUUGCAAAAACAAGAUCCUUGUACAAAUCUGCCGCGCCGCAUGUUCUCUUGUGAAAUAGCAAACUGUUUAAUUUUUUUUCUAGUCUCCGGGCAAAUCAGUUUUCCAGCCAGAAUUCAAAGAGGGAAGACGUCUUAUAGGAAAAUGAUGAAAUUAAAGGACAAGUGCUUCAAAACCGAAGAUAAAGAGAAGAAAGAGAUCACAGUUCGCGUAGAGCGUGAGGAGUGUCCUGAUGGUGGAUAUGGUUGGAUUAUAUGUAUUGCUGCGGCCAUUAUUCAGUUCAUCAUACUGGGAAUUCAUAACAAUUUUGGAAUCUUGUACACUUACUUUAUGAAGGACCUAGAUGCGGAUCCUGCGGAUACAGGUGAGUCAUCGCCAUCUUCGCAGAGGGUCGUUCAGACAGUAGGUAAUUCACUAGUCUUAGCACCCCAUUGAGAAAUUCAAUCGCAUGUUAACAAACCAUUGUACUUUUUCUCAUGUCACGAAUAAAGAUGGAGGGUAGACCCGAAAAAUUAUGACUAGCCCGCUUUACGGGAAACGAAAUGCUGUUAUGUAACUCCAUUCACCUUUGAAGAAAAGCGUGUACGGCACAUCGACCCCAAUCGGUUUAUUUCUAUCACAACCUUAUGUAAUUCAUAAGCCUUGAACUGAAAUAAAUUUUGCUCGAUAUGCAAUUGGGGGAUUUCUCUCUGGGUGUAUGUGUUUGAACUUGUCCAACUGCGAACUACAACCCUAGCCUAUAGGCGGGCUUAUAGGAAAGUUCGCAUGAACUAAGAGCAUUGAACUUUAUAAGGUAAACGUCGCCAUUUAGAUAGCAUCUUAGACAUAAAUUGCACAAUCAGAUAUCAGAUAAAUGCCUUUUUCGAUUGCCUGACAUCACACAACGUUCUGAACUGGAAACAUGCAUUCAAGCAGAAUAUUUAGUUAGAGACCUCUGUUGUUCAGUUUUCUGCCUUUAUUAUGUAACCCGCUCAUGUGGUAAUACGUAGCAGCCAUUGUUUUCUUUUGUAUACUUGUGUCUUAACUUGGCAUUAGUCAGAUUGGUAUUGCUGUUAGUAUCUGUUUCACGGGUUACGUAAAAUUAAUCUCAGGCCACUGGGUCAUCCGUUAUCAAAACUAUCAUACUACUACGACUACGAGACGACUAGGACUAACUACUACUACUACUACUACUACUACUACUACUACUACUACUACUACUAGUACUACUACUAUAAUUACUACUACUACGACUACUACUACAACUACUACUACUAUUACUACUACUACUACUACUGCUACUACUACUACUACUGCUACUACUUCUUCUUCUUCUUCUUCUUCUUCUUCUUCUUCUUCUUCUUCUUAUUCUUCUUAUAUGGUGUAACGAUCAGGGUAGGGUAUGAGUUCCUUUCAUGGCUGACAACAUGGCAGUUAACAUUUGGUCCAUUUGUGUUUCUUCUUCUUAGCCCCAUUCAGCUGACACGUCACUGCUCUUUAACAUUUAUGAGAACAAUACAAUCUGGCAGUCACGCGAGAUUAAACUUUGCAAAGCCAUUAAGUACAUACCAGCACGCACAAAACCACGUCUCUAACACAACCAUAGUAUGUUAGUUGUAAACAGAAUCUCUCUUUUGGGGGGAUUAAGAGGAGAUGGAGAGAUGGUGAAAACUAGGGCAAGAUCGAUUUUGUUGUUGUCAAAUAAUGAAGGCCGUUUAGUGUUGAUCUUCUAACGGAAUUGGAGACAAAAUAUACUUCUGUCCUUGUACACUGUCCUGUAAGGACAUCAGACACCAAUUCGUAACUCACGAGAAACAAAAAUAUCAUCAUCAUCAUCGGUCGAUCGAAGAGCAGUCAACUGAAAUUCGUCUCCAACUGGCGCAGUCUUGGCCAGUGUGCACGAUGUCAUCCUCUGAAAAGUGCUUGUUGGGGUCGAUCCUAGCCUGUUCCAGGCGUUCAGAUAGUGGGGCCCCCCUCUACUUUUCAUCGCUUUCUUUACUUCGCACUGCUCUCCACUAUCUGAACGCUUGGAACAGGCUAGGUCGAUCCAUUCCUGGACUCGGCUGGGAAAGGACUUAUGGGGUCUUCCCUGGGGUCUUUUCCCAUUCUUUAAAAGAGAAACAAAAACUUACUUUCAUAAAAAAUUAGGUUAGCCCUUGUUUGUAACAUUGCAAAUUAAAAUCUUUAUUUUAAUUUUGGACAUCAUGUAAGCAAAAUACUGUAUCCUUUUUCAUGGUAAUACCCUAUAUGUAAAAGCGACUGCUAAUAAAUAUCUUAAUGUUGUUAAUAAUAAUAAUAAUAAUAAAUUAUGAUAAUGAUAAUAAAAUAAUAAUAAUAAACUUUAUUCAAGUGUCAGAUACUUAAGCUAUAUAUAAACUAAUUGGCUCAUAUUGGAUUGUCGAUUUAAGUUUUGGUAGAAUACUUAAAAUUACAUUUAAUACCCUUAUCAUGCAAAAACUGCUUUUAGUCACUGCUUUUAGUUUCGAUCACUAAGGAAAUGACAUCAAAAGAAGACGUAAAGAAAAAAACGAAAAACCACGACUUAGUAUCUGUUUCAUCUACGACACAUUUAAAAACCUUGAACUGCAACACCUUACACGUCGACCUAAGGGCAUCAAAAAGAUAUUCUUUUUUACUAUCAUAGCAUUCAUGACAUGAGCUUCCCACGUGUGAGAACGCUGCUAUUACCUGGUAAAUAAAGUUCAGCUAUCAUCUUUCAUGCGUGGCCUCUCCCAGUAUACAGUAGAAACUAAAGCAAUAUGCGAUCUGUUGGUAUUUCAGCGUGGAUUGGCUCCAUAGCAUUUGGUAUGAACUUCCUUUGUGGUCCUAUAGCAAGCAGUUUAUGUCAGAGGUUCGGAUAUCGUAUUGUAGCAGCAGUUGGUGGCCUUAUUGCAGCCCUCGGUCUCUUGCUGACGUCAUUCACUAACAGUCUUUACCUCAUCUACCUUACAUAUAGUGUCCUUUGGGGCUUUGGCUCGAGUUUAAAUUAUGCUCCAACCAUGCUUGUGUUGGGUGAGUUAAUGUAGCUUCAUAACUGAUUUACCAGGUGCGUAGCUGGAAAUUUAGCCUGCGAAUGCGAUUGUCUCCCUUCGUUGCUCACCGCUAGAGAUGUUUCGCGACGAAGGCGAGAAACGAGGGUAGACGGUUGUAUUCGCCGGCUGUUAAAAAUUUCCAUAAACACGCACUGUUUGCGAAUGAACCCUACAUCAUCUCCCAGGGAUCAUUUCCUCGCGGCGGAGGGUGGGGGGGGGGGGUAACAAUAUGGAGAGGUAAUCAUCUCUCUUUAUCUUAGGACCGUGACCUUCAGGCAGCAGUUAAGGCAUUUCACGCGUGGCAAAACCGAAGAAAAACACCUGUUUUUGUUUUAAAAAAAAUAUCUCAGUGAAAGACGUUAAAGCGGAGUUAUGUAGGCAGUUGCGCCGCUUUCCAGCUAUUCCCUAUUUAUCUUCUAUUCCCUUGCUUUUUCCGUUUUGUUUUUUCUUUCUAUUUAUCUUCGAAAUUUUUUCAGGUGCACACGAGAGUAACGGUAAACAAGUUUCUCUGCCCCUUUUUGCUUAGAGUACAGUUUUACAGCCAGUUGAGACCCAAACAGCAACUGAUUGUAUUCUCCAAACCCUUCUAUACAGGUCAAUACUUUCAAAGGCAUCUCCCUUUAGCCAAUGGUAUUGUUACAGCUGGUAGCGGAAUUGGUACGUUGGCAAUGGGGCCCUUUUACCAUUUCAUUCUCUCAAACCUCGGUUGGAAAAUCAUGCUAAGAAUUCUUUCUGGAUUCGCCUUUCUCAUGUUUGUCAGCGCUCUACUCUACCGUCCCCUUCCUGCCAAGUAUAAACGUGCUUGUACGGAGAAGAAAGAGAGAGCCAAGCUGUUUGACUUAUCCGUGUGGAAGAUAAAGCCGUUCGUGUUUUGGGUUGUAUCCAUGUCGCUACUGUUCGUUGGCUAUUUUGUUCCUUUCAUUCACUUGGUGAGGAGACUUUGUUGCAAUAAAUAGACCAUUUCCGUGUUCCAAAAGCCUUCACAUUCAAAACGAGGCUAAGUGCAAAAAAUGACUUUUAUUUGCACUAGAAUAAUCAUUUUCAUAUCAAUGGUUUCGAACUAAGCCUCGCCCUGAAACAGAGGCUUGAGGCAUCUCGAAAAUGGCUAUUAAUUAUUUCGAAUCUUGUCACUUCGAGACGAUUGCCAAAUGACAAUUAACCUUAUUAUUUUUUUUUUUCCAAGCCCAAUCACGCGAAGAAUUUAGGCGUGCCUGGUUACGAGUCCGCUCUUCUAAUCGGCUAUCUAUCCAUUGCUUCCACUGUGUCACGUGUCCUGUUUGGUUUAGUGCUCAAUCAUCCAAGAAUUAAUCGUUUCUACGUUCUACAGGUAUGUGUAGAGAUACCUGCCUGAUCCCAGAGGUUUUUCUUGAUUAUUUUGUCCCCGUAAUAGAGAACGAGCCUUUUCGCUUAGCGGCUCUUUCUUUCUCAAGAGGACAAAAAUUUCAAGAAAACCUUCUGAGGUCAGAGCAAGAGAUGCCUAGCAGUCACAAAACAUAAAACAGAAAAUUCAGGAGUAGCUAUGUCAACUAGGCCAAAGUUGACACUUAAAAUGUUAGCGAAAUACUUCAGAUACAGAACGCACCUCUGUGUCAAAUUUCGUUUCGUUUAGCUUCGCAGUUUUAGUAGAUAACGUAACGAAAGUUUUCCACAAUACAUUUUAUAACGCUCUUGUUACCUGUUUACCUUAAGCAAAUUUUUCUCUCCUUUGAGGGGUAGCAAAACAAAGCAAACACUAAGUAUAGUUGAGAAAACUGAAAUGGUCCACAGAACAUGAAACAUGCCUAUAGAAAGAUUAGGUAUUCAACUUUCAUAGUCUUCAUAAAUUGUUCUUUUUACAUUUUAAUGCAUUUUUCUUUCAGCUAUGCUUUCUUAUGAUGUCUGUAACAUGUACGCUAUGUCCGUUAGCACGGGAUUACACUGGGCUCAUACUAUAUGCUGUUGGCUUUGGAAUUUUUGAUGGCUGCUUUGUUUUGCUAAUUGCCAUCACCACUAGUGAUAUAGUCGGUCCUAAUAGACUACCACAAGCUUUAGGAACUUUGUAUGGAGUGAUAUCUCUCCCUAUGAUAUUUGGUCCACCCCUGGCAGGUACGUUUACCACCCAUUUUCAUCAUUAUCCAUACAGAAUAUAGAUCCUAAUGCUAUUUCAUAUUUCACUUGUAGGUUUUACUAGGAUUUGGAAUAAACUAUACAAGAGAUAUAUUCCUUGGGAUUAUUUCCACUGUCGGAGUGAUGUUAUUCUGAAUCAGUGUCGCCCCAUGAAAUGAUAAAAAGCGAUGAAAAUUUACUUAGAAAAUAAAGGGAUGCGGAAGUUAAAUGGAUAUUGAGGUUUACUUGAAAUACAUCGUUUACCGUAACACAAUUGGGCGGCCUGUGUGGAUUACUUGACUUAAUGUUUUUACUCUAUCUCUUUCAGCGUUUAUUUUCCAGGUGUCUGGUUCGUAUCAAAAUGCUUUCUUUGUAGCCGGGGGCGCCAUAGCUACUGGGACAUGUACUCUUUCACUGAUUCCAUUCUUUAUGCCUGAAACCAGAGAGAAUGUCGAAUCAACAGAAGUCCGGAAAGAGCCUCUUUUGAAAGAGAAAACUAUACAGGACUCAAAUUGUACAGCGGAAAGACAACGGAACUCUUAUAUUUAUGACACAAGUCAGUUUGCGUGGCGACGCCCGUUAUCUUGUCAGCUUGCGACUGGUAGACUGGGAGACAUGUUAAGCGUAGAAUGUAUUCUUGAUAUGCUUGAAAGAGAGACUGACGUUUGACAUGAACAGACACACAAAGUUAUUGCAAGCGUGGGAAAACGUUCACCUCCCCUGGUACACCUUGCCAACCUCAUCUCCAGGGAUCCCUUCGCUGACCAAAAGGAAUGCGGCCUCUAGGAACGAACUUGGCUCCUGGUUACAAGCGCCGCAUGCGCAGUUAAGGUACGGGAAGCAUGCGGGGGUAAAUAACGCGAGAGAAACGUGUACCUGGCAAAAAUGGGGUGGCAUUAGCGGGAAGUACACCCAUUCGAAGACUAUGAAGUAACAUUUUUAAAAAUACAGCUGGCCGGAUAUACAAAAUUUUACAAGAUUAAAACAAAGCUUAUUUAUUUAGUACAUAUUUCAAAGAAAGGAAAAACAAACAAAGAAACAAACCAAAGUAGG